AUGGAGGCUUCCAGCUACUCCAACGGCUUUCCCAAAGCCCCGAAUGGCAAGAUAAACGGCAAGAUGAAUGGUCACGCUGUUGUCAAGAGGAGAACUCCCCCAAAGCAGGGCAAGACCUUUAUCGGUCGCUCUUUCAGCAUUGCUGCUAGGAUCCUGACUUGGUAUUCCAUCAUCUCAAUUCUCUUCCGCUGCCCUGCGACUCUCGAUGCCUGCGAUGAGACCUCGCCCAAGAUUUGCAAGCCUUACUUCCAACUGAAACACGCCGUAUCUCCCCACCUCGAGCCCUACUACGAGACCUACGCCGCUCCCUACAUCGAGAAGGCGACUCCCUACUACAACAUCGCGAACGAGCGCGCCCUCGUCCCGGCCAAGGCCUACAUCUCCAAGCAUGGUGCUCCCCGCGUCCUGCAGGCCCAGGCCUACGGACAGGCCCAGUGGGACAAGAACAUCCAGCCCCAGCUGGCUGUCUACCAGAAGCAGGCCCAGGAUAAGUACGACCAGACCAUCGCUCCUCAUGUCGCCAAGGCGUCCGCUGCCGUAGGGCCGUACUACGACAUUGCGCGCACCAACGCCCUGCAGACCUACCACGAUGUUCUUCUCCCAUCGUACAAGUUCGUCGAGCCGUACGCCGCCCAGGGUUACGAUGUGGCGUCCCAGUUCACCACCGAGACCGCAAUCCCCACUGCCUACUGGGCAUGGAACAAGACCUAUCUCUUCCUCGACGCCACCGUCUGGCCCCAGGUCCGCGUGCUGUACGUUGAGAACGUCGAGCCCCAGCUGGCUAGGAUCGGACAGCGUCUUGGUCGCUAUAAGAACAAGACCAAGGGGUCGCUCGAGAAUGUCUCUGAGAGUGCCACCGCCCAGGCUUCCUCUUUCACGAAGCCCAUCUCUUCCGCCUCGUCAUCCGCGUCCUCGGCAUCCUCGGUUGCCAGCCAGAAGAUCUCCACCAAGGUCGAGAGCACACCUAUCCCUGAUGCAUCCCAGGUAGCAGAGGAAGUCGUGAAGGCUGCCGAAGACAAGGCCCAGCAGGUUGUUGCACCCCCCGCUUCUGAGGGCGAGUCCGACAUUCGCAAGACCGCCCGCGAGACCGUUGAGGAGGACCUCCGCAGCUGGCAGGACAAGUUCGCCAAGGCCGCCGAUGAGGGCGCCAGAGAACUCGAAGAUCAGGUUGAGGCGAUUUCCCAGCGCGCCAUCAAGGAGAACGCGCACAUCAAGGGCAAGGCACUUGUCACUGAGCUACAGGAGGCCGCAAAGGCCGAGGUUGCUACUCUGCAAAAGCAAAUUAUCAAGAUCGUCCACAAGUCCGUUGACGCGCCUGUCGCGGCGCAAGACGACCUGGCUGUCGCCGUACGAAAGGCCGGGCUUGCUAUCAAGGAAAAGGCCCAAAAGAUCCGCUCGUGGAAGGACGAUUACGAGGCUGAGAUCGAGGCCGCUGUUACCGAAGCCGCCGACAGCCAUUUCAAGAUUCUCGACAGCAUUAGAGAUCUGGCACUCCAGAAGAUUGGAAUGAAGUGGGCGUGGAUGGACGGCAUCACCUACAAGGACUGGGCCAAGUUUCACGAGUUGAAGGAUCGCUUUGCCGACUGGAUGAGUGACUUGAAGAAGCUGAUCAUCUCUCACCCUGGCCUCGAGGAAGCUCGUGAGGCAUCCAAUGAGGUUGAAGACUCUGGCAUGGCGGUCGCUCAGUCUGCCGCCCAAGAACUUGCUAGGCUGAAGCAGGUCGGUCUCUGGAAGCUCGCCGCUCGUGACACGUCCGACAACUUCGACAGCGAGGCCACCCGUCUUGCUGCCGAGGAGGCAGAGCGCCGUGCUGGAGAGGCCGCAUCUUCUGCUACGUCGGCCCCUGAAGAGGAUCCCCUUGAGUCUGCCGCCAGUGUGAUCGAGGACGAAUCCCCCGCCAGUGACCUCGGCUCCGGUGGUGCGGCCAGCUCCGUCAGCAGUGCCGCCAGCGAAGUCAGCGAGAGUAUCAGCAGUGCCACGUCUGCGGCAUCUGAGUCCAUCAGCAGCGCUGCCAGCCAGGUCUCCAGCGAGGCAUCCAGUGUCGUAGCCUCCAGCUCAUCCAGCACCGAGUCUCACCCCGAUCUUGCUUCCACUGUGCUUCCGGGCGAGGACCAAACCAUCAUUGUUGACGGCUCCGGUAUGUCGUCUGCUGGCGACGAAGACGAGGCAGUUCCGGGCAAGAAGCUCGAAGAGGAGAUUAUUCCCGAGUCUGUCGAAGACAAGCCCGUCACCGCCGAGACCGAAUCAGUCAAGCCUGCUUUCCUCGGUGCCAUGGCCCAGUCUGUUUCCAGCAAGGGCCCCAUCCUGGAUCAGGAUGUAGAUGCUGAGAGCAUCUCUUCUCGGGCUCAGGAGGCCUACUCCAACGCCGUCUCUCAGGCUUCUGAGCAGUACUCCUCCGCCAAGGCCGCUGUAUCCGCCAAGAUCUACGGCACUCCCAAGCCUGCACAAGAAAAGGUCCUUUCCUCGGCCUCUGGUGUUUACGCUGCUGCCAUGGCAUCUGCCAGCUCUCGGUUUGAUGAGGCCGUCAAGGCCGCGUCCAAGGGCAUCUACGGAACUCCUACCGCCAAGGUCACUCCUUCGUACGACUGGGCUAGCGUUGAGGCCCUUGCCUCUCAGCGCCUGAACGAGGGACGCCUCUGGGCUGAGCAACAGUACGAGAGUGCCAAGAUUGCGCUCGGCCUUGCUACCGCGACCCCCACCUCCACUGUCGAAAAACUCCUUGAGCAAGCCAAAUACAACUACUACGCCGGCCUCGGCGUCGCGCAUGCUCGAUACUCCGAGUUCUUGGCCGCGGCCGGGUCUGCUCUGAGCCACGCCACUCCUACUGGUACACCUACCGAUGUUGCCGGCACUGCCUCGUCUGUUGCAUCCGUUGCUACUCGCUCGGCCGACGCUGUUGCAUCUGGCGCCCAGAAGGAAGCCAUCGCCGUGGCCUCAGCUGUCAGCGACGGGUUCGGAGCUGCGGCGUCCAUCGUCAGUGACUCUGUUUCUGCAGGCAUCCAGGAAGUUGUGGAUGCUGCGCAGGCGAUUGAGAAGGGCGUCACAGAUUCCUGGGAAGCCGUCGUCAGCCAAGUCAGCAUCCAGAUCUACGGCAAGCCCACGCCGACUGCCUGGUACGAUAACGUCUACAGUGGUGCCGGAGAGUACGCCGCUCAGGCUACUGCCGCAGUUGCUAAGCAAUACGAGGACGUCAACAAGCUCAUCUCUGAGUUGCUCGUCGGCAAGGAGCCCACCUUCUCGGAGAGCGUUCUCGCGCGCUUGCAAGCUGCGUACGCAACCCAGGCCGCCCAGGCUGCCAGUCUCGCCAGCGCGGCCUCUGCUACUCUAUCCUCGGCAGCUUCAGCUGUUACGGAUGCCGUCAAGGAGACCGUUCAGCACGUCCGUGAUGAGCUGUAA